UUUUGCACAUACUUGGCAAAUAAAGAUGAUUCUGAUUCUGAUAAUCACAUCUACCACGUUGGUGCUUUGCCGUUUUACCUAAGUAUUGUGGUCGUCGCGUGAAAAUGUGUGCAAGGAGGACAGCGGAGUACGAGGAGGAACUUUGUGGCCCAAAAGAGGAGAAGGAGCCACAACGUCAACGACUGGACGUUGUGUUCAAUCGGCCGCGUCCAACUGUGUUACACAGACCAGACAUCACUGAAGAUCUUCGUAAUGAGCGACAGGAGCCAGAGCCCCCUCACAUUAAAGACGAAUUGGAGGAUGAAGAGGUUCAGCCCAUCAAAGAGGAAGAGGAGCCCAUUUUGAUUGAAAAAGAGGAGGAGGAAGCGUGCCCCCACAUCGCAGAGGAGGAGGAUAUCACCAAGGUUCAAUUGGCUGGUGUCCCUUUGAAGAGUGAAGGUCAAAGUGAGGAGAGCAGAGAGACGGAGCCUUCAAGCAGCAGCUCAAGUCAACACAUGACAACAGAAGGUGAUGGAGACCACUGUGGAGGAUCACAAGCAGAUGGCCUCUUAGUUCCACUGUUAGAUAGUGACGACAUGACAUCAGACUCUCCUUACACUGAAGGUCAUAUGACAUGUCACACUGACAACAAACGAUGGAAAUGUUCUCAGUGUGAGAAAACAUUUGCUAAUAAGAGCACUUUUAAACAACACGUGAGAACACAUACUGGAGAAAAACCAUUUUCCUGCUCAGAUUGUGGCCAAAGAUUCUCUCUAAAGGAACGCUUAAAAAGACACACAAGAACACACACUGGUGAGAAACCUUUUUCCUGCUCAGUUUGUGGUCAAAGAUUCACUCAGAAGGGAGCCUUAAAAAGACACACAAGAACACAUACUGGUGAGAAACCUUUUUCCUGCUCAGUUUGUGGGCAAGUAUUCUCUCAAAAGGGAAAUUUAAAAAAACACUCAAUGACACACACUGGUGAGAAACCUUUUUCCUGCUCAGUUUGUGGUCAAAGAUUCUCGGUGAAGGAAAGCUUAAAAAUACACACAAGAACACACACCGGUGAGAAACCUCUUUCCUGCACAAAACCUUUUUCCUGCUCAAUUUGUGGUCGAAGGUUCUCUGUGAAGGAAAACUUAAAAAUCCACACAAGAACCCACACUGGAGAGAAACCCUUUUCCUGCUCAGUUUGUGGUCAGAGAUUCUCUCGUAAGGAUGGGGUCAAGGCACACAAUUGUGCUGGUGAGAAUAGCAGUGAUCAAAAAUAUUUUAAUGCAAAUUCUGCCAUCGCAUUACCAAAGAAGGGAAAUGUGGAGCGGCAUUUUAGGACUGUGCAUGGAAAAUACGACACUGACUUCCCGCCAAAAAGCGAGCUGAGAAAGAGAAAGGUGAAGGAACUAAAAUCCCGGUUGUCCGGAGAGCAGUCAUUUUUCACACAACAUACUUCAAAAGCGCAAGCCGCCACCGAAGCAUCGUUCCGGGUGAGUCACGUCAUCGUUAAGAACAAGAAGUACUCCCAAGAACGAGAGAUGGAAGAUGCUGAGGUUGAUUCACUCGCAUCACAAAUUGCAACACUGUUUCACCUGAACUCUUCUGGAGUGGAAGAUGAGAUUUUGACACGACAAGCCGACAUUGAGCUGAAGUCCAGAGCCCAUGGACAGUUUGGGAACUUACUCACAGAGCUAAACUGCCUCGGCAAAAUCCGCGGUACGCGGUCACACGCAGCAUCGACGCGGGACGUGGUCAGAAAGGACAACGUUCACAGGUGCCGACUUGGCUCCCCUAAGAUGCGAAGGACCAUGAUGUCAUGA